ACUCACUCUCUCUCAUUUGGGUCAAACAAGUCAACAAAGCAAAACCUCUUUCUUCUCUUCUCCACUUUCUCUCUAGAUUCUCUCAUUUCCUCUGAGAUUGUAACAAUGGCGUCUACGACGUGUGCAAGAGAGGUGCAUUACAGAGGAGUAAGAAAGAGACCAUGGGGUCGUUACGCUGCAGAGAUAAGAGAUCCUUGGAAGAAAACUAGGGUUUGGUUAGGCACUUUCGACACUCCCGAAGAAGCCGCUCUCGCUUACGACGGCGCUGCUCGUUUCCUCCGUGGUAUCAAAGCCAAAACUAACUUCCCCUCUCCUCUCUCUCUCGACCUUAACCACCUCCCUUCCCCUCCCUCCACCGCAACCGCCGCCGCAAAUAGCCAACACCACCAACACCAACAUCAGCAGCUCUGGUUCACCGCGCCUCCUCCUCCUCCUCCUCCUAUAUCCGACCACCAUCACCAACGGAUUUUUCUCCGAACCGGUGUGCUAAAGGACAAAACUUCAGAUUACUCCUCUACCGAAGCGCCGCUUUACUUCACCUCCUCGCCUAACGCAGCCACGUCAUCGCCUGCUUAUCAAGUGGUUGGGUUUCCGAUGAUGAGUUCCUCUCCUUCCCCUGUUACGGUGAGACGUGGGUUAGCCAUUGACCUCAACGAGCCUCCACCGCUUUGGCUGUGAAACAAACGAUAAAGAUGGAUGUAGCGGCGCCGUUUUCCCGACUUUUCUAUACGGCGCCGUUUGAGACCACUUUCGGUGGAACUACUUUAGUUUCUUAAUUUAGCAAAUAUCUUUUUGUUAGAGUUAGUAGACUUGUUUUUAAAUUUAAUCCUUCUUUUGUUCGUUAUGUAAGAGUCGGAUAUCGAUUGUUGUUAUGAGAGAUCCAUGUUGCGGAAAAAACAAGAAACUUCUUAAUUAGCA